GUUAAAGAAAGACAAAAGCAUACGAAAGGAAAAGGUGGUGUGCCACAUCCUUUUGACAUCAUUACCAUCUGCCCUGUUUCAUGCAAGACCACCAGCUAUAUAUCCUUUAACAAAAGUGAAUCAGCAAAGAUCCGACUGUCUGAUGUGGCUGCACAUGUCUCACAAUAUGAUCCUAAAAAUGCUGUCAUUUAUGGUCAUCUUCAAUCUCAUACUUCACACCUGUCUGAGUGAUCUGGACAUGCUGCAUCCAUCUCAGCCCUGCACUGAAGCGGAGAACAACAACGGUUACAACACAUUUCUUAGCCGUCACCUACGUAAGGGCAUCCCAACUGAUCUGGACAAAAAGAAAUGGCAGAAGUUCAUUACAAAACUCGACAGCUGGAAGAGGAAGAAACAGUCUUUUUUCCGCUUUUCUGAAUCAAAGAGUGUCAUAGCUGUUUGUUCAUCAGGAGGAAAGAUGUAUAAGGGCAACCUCUGCAUCAGCAAGAAAUCUUUUUCUUUUUUCACUGUUGAGAUCAACAGUAUAAAGAAAAUAGUCAAAAGAGUCCAGUUUCAGAAACAACAUGUAAUUCUUGCCUGUGAUCAAAUUGACAACAGAUGUUUACCUGUUCAUUUUGAUGAAAAUACGGAAAAUAUUAAACCAAAUAACAACAGACGAGACUGCAGUAAAUCAAAGCCUAAGAUAAAUACAACAUCUGUUUAUGAUGAAGUGUUUCCCUGGCUCUAAUGUAACUGCAGAAAAAUGACCUGUAGAAGUUUUUUUUUCAGCAUCUCUAUAUUCCUUUUCUGUAG